AUGACUUCCCAGGAAGAGGUUCAAGAGACAAAUCCCACUACUGGAAGUCUUGAAGUCAUCUCCGUUACAGAAGAUGAACCGCCAGUACCGCAAAUUCAGUUUACCUUCAAAAGAUUCUUCUUCAUACCACAAGCAAGAGUGGACCCGAGUGCAGAUGGAUCUGGAGAUAUUGAACCACCUUCAAUGUGCCAUGCUCUUGUCUCCCUAAAAUACUUCCCAUACAUCUUUGGUUUAUUCCUUGCAGUAAUCCUAGCAGUUGCCAUUGGCCUGGGUGUCCAGUACAACUGCAUUGGGAAGUUUCGCUGUCGCUCAUCCUUUAAGUGCAUCCAGAAAUCAGCCAGGUGCAAUGGUGUCUUCAACUGUAAAGAAGGGGAGGAUGAGUACAGAUGUGUCAGGCUGAGUGGGAAGAGGGCAGUGCUGCAGGUGUUCGCCCUGGGCUCCUGGCGCACCGUCUGCUCCGACGACUGGAGGGCAGAGUAUGGCAACAGCACCUGCAAGCACCUGGGCUUCUCAAGUUAUGUGAGUUCAGGUUACCUGCCCGUGGAUGCAGUUGAGAAGCAGUUCCAAAGACAUUUCGUGUCCCUCGGCCACUGGCUCUCAGCUGAUCGAGUGACAUCCCUGCACAAUGCCACCAACCUCAGGGAGGAAUGCACUUCUGGCAAUGUGAUCAUCUUAAAAUGUUUGGCGUGUGGCACUCGGGCCAGCUACGGGCCGCGCAUCGUGGGAGGCAACGCGUCGUCACCGCGGCAGUGGCCGUGGCAGGUCAGCCUGCAGUUCCAGGGCCAGCACCUGUGCGGGGGUUCCGUCAUCACCCCCGUCUGGAUCCUCACAGCUGCCCACUGCGUCUACGACCUGUACCUGCCGAGCUCCUGGAGUGUCCAGGUUGGUUUUGUGACCCAGCAGGACACCAAGGCUCACCCACAUUCAGUGGAAAAAAUCAUUUACCAUCGGAAUUACAAACCCAAGACCAUGGGGAAUGACAUAGCACUGAUGAAACUGGCAGCACCUCUUGCUCUCAAUGGUCACAUUGAACCAAUCUGUCUGCCCAAUUUUGGUGAACAUUUCCCAGCAGGGAAAAUGUGUUGGGUAUCAGGAUGGGGAGCAACUGUGGAAGGAGGUGACACGUCUGACACCAUGAAUUAUGCAGGUGUUCCUCUGAUUUCCAAUGCAAUUUGCAAUCACAGAGAUGUCUAUGGUGGGAUCAUAACUUCUUCAAUGCUUUGUGCUGGUUUCCUGAAGGGAGGGGUGGACACCUGCCAGGGAGACAGUGGGGGCCCUUUAGCAUGUGAAGAUAUGAGUGUCUGGAAGCUGGUGGGCACUACCAGCUUUGGAGUGGGCUGUGCAGAGAAGAACAAGCCAGGGGUCUACAGCAGAACCACCUCCUUCCUGGACUGGAUCCACGAGCAGAUGGAGAGAGAAGAGCUGCAGACCUGAGGGAGUGGCCCUGCUCUGGGCUCCUGAAAACCCACACCACACUCCAG